UUAUGAAGCUCGAGCGGCUCGGCUCAGUUCAGAUCUUCUUUGCGGUCGUUUAUUUGUUGUUGUCAGCUCUCAAACAGUUUCCUAACUUUACUAUUUCGUGCGUUUUUUAUGAGUUAUCAAAAGCAGCAGAAGCCGACGCUUUCAGGCCAGCGGUUCAAGACCCGAAAGAGAGAUGAAAAGGAGAGAUUUGACCCUUCACAGUUUCAAGAGAGCAUUGUACAAGGACUAAACCAAACUGGUACUGAUUUAGAGGCAGUUACUAAGUUCCUCGAUUCCUCUGGAGCCAAGCUCGAUUAUCGGCGCUAUGCAGAAACGCUGUUCGACAUCCUGGUGGCUGGUGGAAUGCUGGCUCCGGGAGGUGCCUUAUCCGAUGACAUGACCCGGACAAACUACUGUGUUUUCACUGCACAAGAAGACAUUAAGACCAUGAAAGCGUAUGCUCAGGUUUUUAACAAGUUAAUCCGGCGUUACAAAUACCUGGAGAAGGGAUUUGAAGAGGAGAUAAAGAAGUUGCUCCUGUUUUUAAAAGGGUUCAGCGAGUCAGAGCGAAACAAGCUGGCCAUGCUGACGGGUGUUUUACUGGGCAACGGGAGUCUGUCUGCAUCCAUCCUCAGCAGCCUCUUCAAUGACAACCUGGUGAAAGAAGGUGUCUCUCCGGCCUUUGCUGUGAAGCUGUUCAAGUCAUGGAUCAGUGAGAAGGACAUUAGCUCUGUGGCUGCCAGUCUGCGUAAGGUCAACAUGGACAACAGGCUGAUGGAGCUGUUUCCAGUGAACAAGCGAAGCUACGAACACUUCUCCGGAUACUUCACUGGCGCGGGCCUGAAGGAGAUCUCUGACUUUGCACGUAACCAGCAGUCAUUAGGUGCUCGCAAGGAGCUUCAGAAAGAGCUCCAGGAGCAGAUCUCUCUAGGCGUUUCUUUUAAAGAGAUUAUUGACUAUGGUAAGGAGGAAAUGAAGAGGAGCAGCAUCUCUGAGCAGCUGAUGAUCAGCAUCAUGUGGACCAGUCUGAUGAGCUCUGUGGAGUGGAAUAAGAAAGAGGAGCUAGUCACUGAACAGGCCAUCAAACACCUGAAGCAACACAGUCCUCUUCUGAAGGCCUUCAGCACACAGGCUCAAUCUGAGCUCUCGCUGCUGCAGAAGAUUCAGGAGUUCUGCUACGAUAACAUCCACUUCAUGAAGACCUUCCAGAAGAUCGUCCUGCUGCUUUAUAAAGUGGAUGUGUUGAGUGAAGAGGCCAUUCUGAAGUGGUUCACUGAAGCGCAUCUGGCCAAAGGGAAGAGCGUGUUCCUGGAGCAGAUGAAGAAGUUCGUGGAGUGGCUGAAGAACGCUGAAGAGGAGUCCGAGUCUGAGGAGGAGUCCGACUGAGGCUGAAGCAUCUCUUCAUUCUGGACUGAGGAAAGGCUCAUUCUGGCUGUAUUUGGGAACCGUUCAGAUCACUUAAAGCCUUUAAUUGCACAACUACUUUUAAAGUCAUCUUUUGUUUAGGAAAGCUUUCUUUUGAGUCUAGUUGCAGCUUUUACUUGGGGGUUUUUUUAUUAAAGAAUUGUCAACCCAAAGUUUUCUAUAAGACCUUAAAGAUGUGUUUUGUACUGACUUAAGUGACCUUCACUGACGUCUUUUUAUAAAAAUAAUAAAGAAUAUACUGCAA